AUGGCGCUGGACCAAGAUCAGGACCUCGUUGAGGUACAAGAGCAGACCAAUGGCCAUGCAAUACCGGAACAGAGUCCAGAAGCUUUAUGGGUGAAGAGGAGGCGGGUUAGUCGUUCGGUGCUGCCGACUCGGGUCAGCAGCGCGUGCGAAAGAUGUCGGCAUCAUAAGUCGCGAUGCGAUCCAUUCCGGCCUUGUUCGUUAUGUAUCCGCGCGAAUGUGGAUUGUCGACCGAUUUCGGCGCCGACGCAGAAGCAGAAUUCGCGUAACAGGAAACCUAGACGCCGUCGUCCCAAUCCCUCGCGAACAACUCCUACUGAUGAAACCUGGAAUAUUGACAACGCUCCUCAAAAUGACACGGAAUCUCGAGCGGCAACCGCUCCCGCUCCCGCUCCAGCAGUAGACAGCGACACCGCUGCUUCAACAGACAUGAGCCCACAAUCAUCACUCGACUGUGGCGAAGCGGAAUCGGCAAUAGGCAUUGCGCGCAAGAUCUGCGAACUGGGUAGCCAGCACAUCGAUGAGCGGACUACAUCUGCUAUACCGGGCUAUCGAGCGAGCACCAGUGCGCCCGUUACAUACUCCGCGACAAUCGGACAACGGUUACCGAUAUCGUCAAUUUUGGGCCAGCCGCUACCUCCUAUGGAACUUGUGUAUGGGCUGUUGGAGGACUACUUUGAUUCCGUACAUUGGUUCUCGCUGGUGAUUUAUGAGGCGAAGUUUCGGAGGAAGCUGGCUUCGGUCGCGGAUGGGUUUGCGUAUCCGUCGCAGAGGCCUUUCCUUAUACUGUUGACCGUGAUGCUUGGGAUGGCGGCGUGGUAUAGGUCUCAGAGAAGUGGUACAGAGAUGGGUAAUGGCCCAGACUGGAGAAAAUGGAGCGCAGAUCUGGUCAAGCUUGUCGAGGGUGACUUGGUGGAAUUGAUGGAUCAGCCAUCCAUUACUGCUGCGCAGACGUGUAUUCUGCUUGGGUCGUAUCAUGUUUAUCAUGGCCGCCCUAAUCUCUCUUUUUCGUUGCUGGGUGCGACUAUCAAGAUGUCCCAGGCUCUGGGGAUGCAUCGGGAACCUUUGAGAGGAAAAUUUGAGGAUAUCGAGGAGAGGAAAAGGGUUUGGUGGACGAUUUACACAUGGGACCGAUUCGCUUCAAUCACCUAUGGAAGACCACUGGGAAUCAACGACAAGGACUGUAACAUCAACAUGCCAGCAGACGUAUGGGAGAACCAAUCGUUUGUCUUACCAAGAGCAGAGCAGGCCAAUUCGAUAUGCUAUUCUCCCUACCAGCGGGAGCUGAACCGUCUCUACUUGAUCGCAUCGCCAGCCCUGGAGAUUAUCUUUGGUUCACGCACCUUGAGGGCCUCCAAUCAACUGGUCGGAGAUACGUACGCCGCUUUGGUCAAGGAAGCCACGCAGAACCUCCAAAAAUGGCGAAACGGUCUACCAAAUCACCUUGUCCUGGAUCUUCAGCGCGAUUUCCACUCUGACGGCGGUUCAGACGCAAAAGCAUAUGCCUUGCAGUCGUUAUCGCUGCACCUGACAUAUGAUAAUGUCCUCAUCGUCAUGCACCGACCACUUCUAGCACGGCAAGUUGACCAUCUAUCCACGACUACAAACGGGCCCUCACCAGGAUCAUGCGAGAUAGACCCCAUGACCGCCGCAUCUCCCAAACCGAAUCUCUCCCAAACAGCCAGUUCAGAACUCUGGAUGAACGCCGCAGUGCGAACAUCCCGAGUGACAGAACUACCGGUUCUUGCUCAGUUGGCUACCGACAGCCACCUCGUCGCCUUCCUCGCCAUCAACCUCUUCAACGCUGCCAUCGUCCUAGCCGUAAUGGCCCUCUCAGAACCCCUCUCCAAUACCGCGCAGGACGUAAAACGUACUAUCACGCGCAUCCUUCGUCUUCAAGAUCUACUUGGUAAACGGUCCGCAUUAUCGAAACAGAGUACUACAGUGCUGAAAAAUGUCGUUACGAUGCUCCUUCGUCGUGAAUCAGCAGCUAUGUUGGCUCCGAUUACAGGGACGAAUCAGUCGAUGGGACAACAGGGGGAUAAAAAUAAACAAAACCUGGGCGAUCCGUGUUGUAUGUCUGUCGAGGAUACGCUGAGAUUACCGCUUGAUGCGUCGUUGGAGUUGUCGGAUCCGCUUGCGGGGAGUCAGGGGUGGUUGGAUGUUAGUAGGGCGCAUCGAUUGAAUGAGAGUUUGACGUCUGUUCAGUGUGUUAUGGCACCGGGUGAUGUUAAUGUGCCUGUCCAAAGUGAGCAACAGUACGUAUCGUCGGAGCAAAUGCAGCCACAGAGUGUUUGGCAAGUACCGGCGGAAUAUGAGUGGAAUGGAACUGGAACCUCUCCUAGGGGUGUAGAAGACAGCUAUCGGGACGUUGAAAGUGGAUUGUACUGGUUAUGGGACAUGACAUGGAAUGGAACAGGUGGGUAA